AUGCACACUCCAAAUCACCUGCGUCGCAUGUUUCAAAUUUUGCAACAUUUAGUUCCGAACGUUCUGUCAUCAUCAUCAAUACCAUCCAACAUGAACGACAGUCAUCAUCAUCAUUGGGAAUUUUAUGAAGAUAAAAAAAAUAAUGAUUGUAUUUGGAUUGAAUGUUUUAAAACAUCGGGAGAAGUUGCUCAGAAUGAUGACACUGAUGUUGUUUUAACCGAUUUUAAUCAAGAAAAUCAUUGUCUCAGAAUUACACUCAACCGACCAAAGAGUUUUAAUGCGCUCUCAUUAACAAUGAUUCGGAAAUUAACCAAAAUUUUGGAACAAGCUCUUGUUGAUUCAAAUGUACAUUUUGUUGUGUUGUGUAGUUCGAAUGAGAAGGCGUUUUGUGCAGGAGGUGACAUUAAAGAUUUGAGAAAGGGAUUUGCUAAAGUGUUUUUCACAGAGGAAUUUGCGUUAAAUCAUUUUAUUUAUGAAUUUUGUAAAAAGAAGCCAAUGGUGUCCAUGUUAAAUGGAAUUACGAUGGGAGGAGGAGUUGGAAUUUCAAUUAGUACGAAUUUGAGAGUGGCUAACGAGCAGAGAUAUGUUUUUGCAAUGCCAGAAGUUUUUAUUGGUCUCUAUCCAGAUGUUGGAGCUUCAUGGUUUUUAACACAAUCGUGUCCAAACGUGGCCGUGGCAAGAUAUAUUGGAUUAACUGGAGAAAAACUAAAAGCUAAUGAUGCUCUCUAUUGUAAACUUGUGACACAUAUCAUUGACAAGGAAGAGUAUUUCAAAAAAUUAUCGCAUGACGUUUAUGCUGUUUUCAAGUCAUCGUCUGCUAAUGGAGAUUACAAGACCGUUCUUCAAGAAUUGACACAAUUCGUUUCGAAAUAUGAGAAAGAGGUGAGAAACUCAAAUGUGAAAUUUGGCAUUCUCGAUCGAUAUCGAAGGGUGAUUGAUUAUUGUUUUGGAGAGGAGAAUGCAAAUAGCGUCAAAGAUGUUAUUAGGAACUUGCAAUGGUAUAGGGAACAUCAUCCUACUCGAUGUGAUGCUGACAUUCAAUUGAUUCAAUCCAUUCUCGAAUUAUUCGAGAAGAGAACGUCUCCUACAUCCCUGUUGGUGACAUUUGAAGCAUUGCAACGCGGAAAAAAAUCAACCUCUCUGAAACAGGUAUUGGACAUGGAUCGAGUGUUGUGUACCCAUCUCACAGGGAGACAUGAUUUUCUUGAGGGUGUAAGGGCUGUUCUGAUUGAUCGUGAUCAAAAACCAAAAUUCAAACCGGCAACGCUCGAAGAAAUUGAUGAAAAGGCACUCAUUCGAGAGGUGUUCUCUGACAAAAAGCAGUAA